AUGAAAGUACAUGUGUUUGGCAACACCCCUUCACCUGCUGUAGCGACAUAUGGUUUACGUGAAGCUGUUUCAGAAGCUGAAAAUGAUGUGCGUUCUUUUGUUACGAAUGAUUUUUAUGUAGAUGAUGGUCUGAUCUCUUUUGCAGACAAGGAUGAUGCAAUUGACCUUAUGCAAAGAACACAAAAAGCUCUCAAGGAUAAUGGGAACAUACGAUUACACAAAAUCAUUUCAAACGAUAUCGAUGUGAUGAAAGCUUUUCCUUUAGAGGAUUUAGGAAAAGAGUUAAAAGAUUUAGAUUUGUGCUCAGAUACUUUGCCUGUUCAGCAUAGUUUAGGUUUGUCGUGGAAUUUACAGACAGACAUGUUUAUCUUUCGUGUUAAUGAUGAUGAAAAACCAAUCACCCGUAGAGGCAUACUUUCAACUAUUAACAGUUUGUUUGAUCCGUUGGGUUUUAUUACGCCGCUAGUCAUCAGUGGAAAAAUUCUACUUCGAGAAGUUGUUCCACCAGGAACUGAUUGGGAUGAUCCGCUGUCGAUUGAUCAUGAAACAAAAUGGAAAAACUGGUUGAAGUCUUUGAAAUCUUUUAGUUGUUUUGAAAUACCGCGUAUGAUUGUUCCGGUAUCUAUUUCUUUGACACGUCAAGUUGAUAUCCACAUUUUCUCUGAUGCUUCAGAACAAGCAAUCUCUGCUGUAGCUUACCUGGAGGCAAUCGAUGAAACUGGUUCGUCAUUUAUAGGUUUUCUUACUGGAAAGUCGAAACUUGCACCUAUCAAAGGUCAUACUAUUCCUAGAUUGGAACUGUGCGGUGCCGUGUUGGCUACGGAAGUCGGAGAAGCGAUAUGUCAUCAUAUAAAUCUUUCUCAGAGUGUUUGUCAUUACUACACAGACAGUCGAGUAGUGUUAGGAUAUAUAUGUAAUACCACCCGUCGAUUCUUCACAUAUGUCAGUAAUCGUGUAGAAAAGAUUCAUACAGUGUCGGAACCUUCACAGUGGUCAUAUGUAUCAACGGAUAGAAACCCAGCUGACUUAGGGACUAGAUUUAUUAGCUGUUCAGACAUGCAAAUUAUUAGUUCUUGGAUUAACGGACCGAAAUGGUUAAUAAACAAGGAACCUUUUGAUAUUGUAUCUUUUCCGUUGUUAUCACUACAUUGCGAUUAG